AUGUCACUAGUGUACUGUGGCUUAAUGUUUACCCUAGGCAAACCAAAGACCAGGGACGAACAGGAAAAUGGUAUAGUAGAAAGCUAUGGCAUGCUGAUGAGUGAUUCUCACACAGACAUGGAAUCCAAACUUUUGUUUCCAAGGAGAGAGCAUGCUAAAAAUCGUGGCAUUGAUGUGGCAGCCCCUGGUUAUUUUAACGACAAAUCAAUGCUGUCACCCCUCCCUCCCCUUACCCGUCUCUACAUCUAUGCUCUGCAUGGGUGUGUGUGUGAGGUGGCAUUUACUGCUGCAUGGAAUUGGUAUUACACGCAUGACCAGAGGCUUCCUGGCUAUACCAGCUUGUGGUCGCUUAUCAUCUAUAGUUUGGCUAUCUUCAUCAUGGAGGGGUUGAGUGCGUGGCUACAGCAGAGACACUUCUCCUUACUGCUCCGGUUGACUGUUUACACCAUGUCCAUAUACCUGUGGGAGUUCAGUUGGGGGGUCUUGCUCAGCCUGUUGGGGGCAUGUCCCUGGGACUACUCACAUUUUAGGUAUAAUUUCGUAGGACUCGUGACCUUGGAAUAUGCUGUGCCUUGGGCAAUAGCUGCUCUUCUAGCAGAGAAACAUGUUAUCAGGAACACACUGAAGAUACGAUUGAUUAAUUAAUUUUAAGAUUGGAAUGCAUUAUAACAUUAAUAAGUUUAAAGCAAACUAUUUUUAAAAGCAUCACAGCAAUGAAAUAUGUUCUGUUUUUAUUUUCU